UGUGCAAGUAUGUUAAAAUUGUUUCUGUAGAUAUACUUAAUAAUGACUUUUGCCUGUAAGCAGCUGGUAAAAAGCCAACUAAAUAAAUGAUGGUACCAUUUUGAUUCUGCAAAAGCUGUUGUUCUUGCUUUUUUAGAGUGAUUGUCUUUGACAUUUUUGCUCAUUAUGAAAUUUAGACAUAGCAUUUGAACGCAACGCACGUCAGCCAAACAACUCACUUGAACUUUCAGUCUAAACAGUUCCUGUAUAGCUCCAAUUUAUGAUAAUUAUACUUUCCUGGUUCUUGGUAUCAGCUCAACCAAUUUACUUGUGUAUUGCAAUAUGCUGAAAGUUUACGCACGCCUGAGGAUUAAAGGAGCUACGUACGAGAUGGUGAAACACCAUAUUACUAUUGGUCGGAGUUCUGCCAAUUACCCUGUGGAUAUUGAUAUAGGUCCUUCAUCAUACGUCUCUCGCCGGCAUUUGGAAAUAUAUUGGAAGACGAACUCCUUGAAGUUGAAAUGCAAGGGAAAGAACGGGAUUUUUAUUGACCAGGUGUUUCGACCUCACUGUUCCCAUCUUCUCUCCAUUCCAUUAAGAUGUAUCCUUCGGUUCCCGAGUACAUCUAUUUGCAUUGAAGUUGAACAGUGUUUUAUGACUUACGAAAAAGGCAAUGCUUCUGGAGAUUAUAUUUCAUCAUCUUUGGAAAUGGAUUCAUACGAGUCAGGAGGAAAUACUGUACUGUCUGUAACUAGUGAUAAAGAAUCAUUGUCAUCAAGUGAUUUCAGGCGUGAACUUUCUACUGAGAUCUCAUCGACUAGUCGUACACGUCGUAAACAAGCAUUGAUACCAACUUGUAGAACUACCUAUCAUAAUCACAAUAUAAAAGGUGUCCUUCUUAAUGAUUUGACUUCAAAUGAGGAAAAGAAUAUUGAUCUAGAUCAAUCUAAUAAAAAGGAUAUCAGCCAAAAUCAAGAUGUUUCUUCUCAUCAAGAAAGUAAACAUACUACUACUACUACUACUACUACUACUACCGAUAAAACCAAUGUUCGGUAUAUUCAGUUGAAUUCCAGAGUUGAUAUGUCAUUUUCAAGUUUAAAUUCCUUUUUCAAAGAUCUAGUUCCUACUGAAUCAUCACCACAGAAAUCUCUCCCCACAUCCAUUGUUCACCUAUCAAGCAUCCCAACAACAGUAGUAGAACGUGGAGAUCGAUUUACUAAACCGCCUUAUUCGUAUGCUCAACUCAUUGCUCAGGCAAUUUCAAGUCAACCAGAUCGUAAACUCACUUUGAGUGGAAUUUAUGACUUCAUUAGCAGAAAUUAUUCUUAUUAUCAGUCAACUGAUAAAGGUUGGCAGAAUUCAGUUAGACACAAUCUAUCACUCAAUCGUCAGUUUGUAAAAGUGCCCCGAUCUCAAGAAGAUCAUGGUAAAGGCUGUUUUUGGAAAAUCGAUCCAGCUCAUGAAAUGAAGUUACUAAAUAUUGCCUAUCGCAAACGGCGUGUGAGACCUUGUGAUACAACAGGAUCUCUUUCACAUCAGUCUUCAAACACCAGAUAUCCAUUAUCAUCAUUAUCGAAUGGGAAACUUUACAAUUAUGUCCUUCCACCGCCAACAUCCUUCAUAGGUCGAAUAAACAAUAGUUCAGUAAUGAUACCAACAGCUGCUGUUUCGCAAAAAUCAUUUAAAAGAUGUCAUAAAUUUUCAGAUCAAUCAGAACUUCCGUAUAAGAUCUCUUUAUCUUCUUCACCUACUGUACAUACACCUUCAGCAGUUAAUCAAUACAAAGAAGAUAAGUCGAAUGUGAUUACCUUACAACCAGUGAUACAAAAUUUUAUUCCACUUAACCAAGUGCCUUCUUCAAUUUUACGAGUGGUAAGUGCAAGGCCGUGUAUCACCACUUCAGUUGUCAAGUCAAAUGAAUAUAAAGCAGUAGAACAUAACAACGCUUUGUCAACUCCUACUGUCGUUAUUCAAUCUGCACAUUCCCCACAAUCUAUGCAUUCCAGUCCCACAUAGCGCUUAGAGUAUAUAUUCAGUAAUUGAAUAACAAUUUAAUAUAGUAUAAUAUAAUAUAAAAACUCUUACUUUUAUUCACAUUACUAUAAGCAGCUUAUAUGAAUAUAAUAUACAACAAUUUUUUGUUUUACUAACAAGUUUAUCCAAUUAAUAUGUAAAAACAGAACACCAACAGUUGAGCUGUAUUCAUAUACAUAUAUGUAACAGUACUCAAUAGGGGUGUGAUUGGCUGUUCAUUUUCGUAAACAAUGGCUGUGUACCUGCUUUUUGCUUCUUUUUAUACGUUUACAUGUAUACAUUUGCAUUUUAUUAUUGAUUUUCACUAUUGUCUUUACUUUUGUACUCCCCUCUUCUUUUAUAUCACAUUUUGAUGUUCGAUAUAUUUUCUGAUUGAUCCUUUUUUUUAAUUCUUGUUGUGUAGCAUAAUGCCUUCUGCUGUCACACUUACACACACACGCGCAUAAUUGAAAUUGCACUAAACGCAUACACAUACAUAUCUGUGUAGGACAAUCACACUUUUUUUUCUUUUUACUAAUUUUUAAUUUGAAGUAAAAUAUUGUGAUAAAAAAAAUUUCAUAUGAUC